AUGGACACUAAACUUCCAGUAUUCGAGCACACUGCGAUCGAGCAGAUCAGAGGCAUCCACUCGCGCAUUCACGACAGCUUCCACUCGCAAAAGACGAAGCCCUUGAGCUGGCGCGUGACGCAGCUCCGUAAGCUAUGGUGGGCCAUCAAGGAUAGGGAGCAGCAGCUCGGUGAAGCUCUACAGCGCGAUUUGGGAAGACCUUUCUACGAGGCUUACCUGACGGAGAUUGGAUGGGUGUUGAAUGAUAUCAUCUUCACCAUCAACAAUAUCGAGAAGUGGGGUAAGGAAGAGGCUGCUGGCGAUGUGCCUCUUACCUUUAUGCCCAUGCGACCGCGUGUUCGCAAGGAACCGUUGGUGNCUUUCAACUUCCCUGUACAGCUGUCGCUUGGUCCCUUGAUCGGCGCCAUCGCUGCUGGAUGUACUGCCGUCCUCAAGCCCUCGGAGAGUUCUCCCUAUACCGCCGCCCUCCUCCAAGAAGCCAUGGAAGCUUCCCUUGACCCCUCGGCCUUUAUCUGCGUCCAGGGUGCUGUUCCCGAGAGCAGCGCAUUGCUGGAGCUAAAGUGGGACAAGAUCUUCUAUACCGGUUCUGCUACCGUCGGAACAAUAAUCGCAAAGAAGGCAGCUGAGACGCUGACCCCUGUCACACUCGAGCUUGGCGGUCGCAACCCUGCCAUCAUCACAAAGAACGCCGACCCUCGUCUUGCAGCUAGACGCCUCCUCUGGGCCAAGGGUCUGAACGCAGGCCAGGUAUGUGUCAGUCAAAACUACAUCUUGGUCGACAAGGACAUCCUACCCUUUUUGGUCAAGGAGCUCAAGACUGCCAUCAACGAAUUCUAUCCUGAAGGUCCCAAGGCGAGCAAAGACUUUGGACGCAUCGUCAACAGCCGUCAGUUUGACCGUCUGAAGAAGAUGCUCGACUCUAGCAAGGGUGAACUUCUCUAUGGCGGAGAGAUGGAUGCAGAGACCAACUACAUUUCUCCCACUAUCGUUCGCGUCACAUCAACUUCUGACUCGCUUGUCGUUGAUGAGUCGUUCGGACCUUUCAUUCCUCUCCUGGCAGUCGACAACCUCGACGAAGCAAUUCGCAUUGCCAAUGAAGUUCACAGCACACCACUGGGCCUCUAUGCUUUCGGUAGCAAAGCCGAUACUACGCGUAUUUUGUCCGAGACUCGUAGUGGUGGCGCCAGCAUCAACGACGGAUUCACCCACGCCUCGUUGCCAACUGUCGAGUUCGGUGGCGUUGGCGACAGUGGCGCAGGCUGCUACCGUGGCAAAGCUUCCUUCGACUGCUUUACCCAUCGUCGUAUUGUCACCAACACUCCUGCCUGGAUGGAGAGCUUGCUGAGUGUCAGAUACCCACCCUACAAGGGCAAGUUGUCGCAACUGAAAAUGAUGAAUGACUUUGCGCCAAACUUUGACCGCGAAGGUGCGGUUGUCACAUUUGGUCUGAUAGGAAAGCUGCUCGCUUUGGGCGGUGCUAGUCUGGGUCAAGGUAUCAAGAGAUGGCUCGUUCUGUUUGUAUUGGCGCUUGGUGUGAGGUAUGGGCAGAUGCUUGGUCUACAGGAAAGAUUGAGAAGGACUUGA